GCGUCAGUGUGGCGUUGGCCGUGGUGCAGGGUGUACCUCGCGGGAGAACGUGACGGGCCUAAUGCGAGUUGAUUCACAGAACGUGUGUUAAUUUGGAGGAAAUAAGUGAGAAAAGUAAAGGCAUUAGUAUUAGUGAGUGAGAAAACCUUGCUUAGUGGUGAGGGAACGUGGCGGAAGUGUGGCUUCCUAAGCUGCAUGGAACGUUGCACUACUGGCCGUCUUGAAGUGCGAAUUCGAGCCCUGCGUAUCAGAUAUUGCAAGUGCUUUUUUGUUUGUUAAGAGAGGCGAGUGUCUGAUAUGGACCGGGCGAGUGAAGAGGUGGGGUGAGCUCUUGCCGAGGGCGGCGCUGGGGUCCCGCCGCCACCUGUAGUGAACGUCCUAGGGGCUUCCUGGUGUGAUAAUGCCCUGGCCCCUGCGUGUGUCCCAGGCCUGUGUCAGGUGAAGCCGCUUCCUCCGCGAGGGCGUGAGUCGACGAAGCUUCUCCCCGCGGCGCUUGCGGCACGGCCGAGGCAGCAGAGGCGCGGACAGGUCAUGUAAACGAGGCGACAUGGCCCGGCGGCGUCAUGGGCCCGUGUGGACGCGAUGCUAGAGCUGAUGGAGUCCUCGUGUGGCGGCGGCGGCGGUCCCGGCAUGGGCGGCACCAAGGGCGGCCGCAUCCCAAGUCGGAUAUCGGGGUCGUCGACUCCCCCAGCCCGCAGCAGCCCCAGCCACAGCCGCGAGGGAAGCCCGCUGCUGCUGAAGCGCGGCGCCCCGGGCCACGCGCCGCUGGCCGGGCAGCUCUCGGCGCCCCCCGUGCAGCAGUACCACGAGCGCCUGCACGCCUCGCUUAAGAGGUCCAACUCGCUCAAGCGCCUCCUCAAGCUCCCCAUCUUCGGAGGACAGACAGGUAAGCGGGAGGCGGCGGUGGUGGCGGUUUUGUCAUCAGUUGGAAGGGAAGCAUACUGA